AUGGCUGAUAACAUCGAAACCAUCCGUCCUGGAAUCAACUACCAGGACAAACUAUUGACCGAAAUAGACAUUCUUGAUGAUGUUAAACAACUGUCAACGCAGAUGGAACAGGAAGGGAAAGGAUUCGUCUUCCCUAAAGAUCAUUACUCCAAGAUAAAAUCACUAAAGGGGUUGCAAGUGAAGCUGUUGAAAGAAAUGCAAGAGUUGGCUGAAAUUCAGCAGUCUAGGCAUCAAGACGAAACUGCAUACAGGCAGAAGCUUCAAGACUUGGAAGAUACUACAUCAGAACUUAGAAACGUUGCUUUGACGUAA